CUUUAUUUCAUCCCCUAACUAACCCUACAAGUAAUAAUAUCUCCUGCAACUCAUCAGUUUCACCAUCUCCAUCACCUCAACAUGAGCGAUCAACCGGAGUCUUCGUCAGAACCAAAAGGUUCGAAAAAGGACUUUUCAACAGCUAUCUUGGAGCGCAAGAAAUCUCCGAACCGGCUCGUUGUUGACGAAGCGGUUAAUGAUGAUAACUCAGUGGUUGCUAUGCAUCCUGUUACAAUGGAGAAAUUGCAGCUGUUUCGUGGUGAUACGAUACUGAUUAAGGGGAAGAAAAGGAAAGAUACGGUUUGUAUCGCGCUUGCUGAUGAAAGUUGUGAAGAGCCAAAGAUUAGAAUGAACAAGGUUAUUAGAACAAACCUCCGGGUUCGGCUCGGUGAUGUUGUAUCGGUGCACCAGUGUCUGGAUGUGAAGUACGGGAAACGGAUUCACGUGCUUCCAUUAGACGACACCGUUGAAGGUGUCACAGGGGACCUGUUUGAUGCAUAUCUAAAACCUUACUUUUUGGAGGCGUAUAGACCCGUUAGAAAAGGGGAUCAUUUUCUUGUUAGAGGAGGUAUGAGAAGCGUAGAGUUUAAAGUAAUCGAAACCGACCCAGGGGAGUACUGCGUUGUUGCACCGGAUACCGAAAUCUUUUGUGAGGGUGAGCCGAUCAAGCGGGAUGAUGAGGAUCGGUUGGAUGAAAUCGGUUACGAUGACGUUGGUGGGGUCCGGAAACAAAUGGCUCAGAUUCGUGAACUGGUUGAGUUACCGUUACGACACCCUCAACUGUUCAAAUCGAUCGGAGUUAAACCCCCUAAAGGUAUCUUACUCUACGGACCCCCCGGUUCGGGCAAAACACUCAUCGCAAGAGCCGUAGCUAACGAAACCGGAGCAUUCUUUUUCUGUAUCAACGGGCCGGAAAUUAUGUCGAAGUUAGCUGGAGAGAGUGAGAGUAAUCUCCGGAAGGCAUUUGAGGAGGCUGAAAAGAACGCCCCAUCGAUUAUUUUUAUUGAUGAGAUUGAUUCGAUUGCUCCCAAACGGGAAAAAACUAACGGUGAAGUUGAAAGGAGGAUCGUUUCACAGUUACUGACGCUUAUGGAUGGGUUAAAAUCGCGUGCACAUGUUAUUGUAAUGGGGGCUACGAAUCGGCCGAACAGUAUUGAUCCUGCUUUGAGACGGUUUGGUAGGUUCGAUAGAGAAAUUGACAUUGGUGUCCCUGAUGAAGUUGGGCGUCUUGAGGUUGUUCGUAUUCACACCAAGAACAUGAAACUUUCUGAUGAUGUUGAUUUGGAAAAGAUAGCUAAAGAAACACAUGGUUAUGUCGGUGCUGAUCUGGCUGCACUCUGCACCGAAGCUGCACUACAAUGCAUUAGAGAGAAAAUGGAUGUUAUUGACUUGGAAGAUGACUCUAUUGAUGCUGAGAUACUGAACUCAAUGGCAGUAACAAACGAGCAUUUUCAGACAGCUCUUGGAACAAGCAAUCCCUCUGCUUUGCGCGAGACUGUUGUGGAGGUUCCCAAUGUCAGCUGGGAGGAUAUUGGAGGUCUUGAAAAUGUUAAGCGUGAGCUGCAGGAGACUGUCCAAUAUCCCGUGGAGCAUCCGGAGAAAUUCGAGAAAUUUGGCAUGUCACCAUCAAAAGGUGUUCUUUUCUAUGGCCCACCUGGGUGCGGCAAGACACUUCUAGCUAAGGCUAUUGCAAACGAGUGUCAAGCCAACUUCAUUAGCAUCAAAGGGCCCGAGUUGCUUACAAUGUGGUUUGGUGAGAGUGAGGCCAAUGUUCGUGAGAUCUUUGAUAAGGCCCGUGGGUCUGCACCGUGUGUCCUCUUCUUCGAUGAACUCGAUUCUAUUGCAACCCAGAGGGGAAGUAGUUCUGGAGAUGCAGGUGGUGCAGCUGAUCGCGUGUUGAAUCAGUUAUUAACGGAAAUGGACGGAAUGUCUGCCAAAAAGACGGUUUUCAUAAUCGGAGCCACAAAUAGACCCGACAUCAUUGACCCUGCAUUACUCCGUCCAGGGCGUCUUGAUCAACUUAUUUAUAUUCCGCUACCAGAUGAGGACUCGCGCCACCAGAUUUUCAAGGCGGCAAUGAGGAAGUCUCCGGUUUCCAAGGAUGUUGAUUUGAGAGCUUUAGCUAAAUAUACACAAGGCUUUAGUGGGGCCGAUAUUACAGAGAUAUGUCAACGUGCCUGCAAGUAUGCAAUCCGAGAGAACAUCGAGAAGGAUAUAGAGAAGGAAAGGAAGAGAAGUGCGAAUCCCGACUCUAUGGAUGAGGAUGAAGAUGAGGUGGCGGACAUUAAGGCUGCCCACUUCGAGGAAUCCAUGAAAUAUGCACGCAGAAGUGUGAGUGAUGCUGACAUAAGGAAGUACCAGGCGUUUGCUCAGACGUUGCAGCAGUCUCGAGGGUUUGGGUCGGAAUUCCGGUUCCCUGAAGCGGCAUCUGGAGCUGGUGGCGGUGGAUCUGACCCGUUUGCCGCCUCUGCUGGUGGAGCUGAUGAUGAUGACUUGUACAGCUAGAUCUACGUAAAUCAUGUUGCUGAAGUCGAGAUUCACUAGGGAUUAUAUAUUUAUAUCCUAUACCAAUUGCCGAUUCAUUGCUGGUUUUCAAACCUAUUGUUCUGUUGUCGGAACAUGUAUUCACGUUUCAUGUUAUAAAUUUGGAUUUGGCAUUCUCGUUUCAGUUGAACUCUUUUGUUUCAUUUCUUUCUUUCUCAA